UUUUUAAGGAUAAAGAUAUAUUUAAAGAAUUUGAGAUAUCGCACAGAACAUAAUGGAUGACGAGAAAAGAAAGAUGAAACAGUUAUUGAAGGAGAAAAUGGAAGGGACAGCCGGAGGAUUAGAUUGGAUGCGCAAAGAAAGUAAACCAGACAGUAAUGAUUAUCUACUGGGUAAACCAGUGGACAGGCACAUUGAGGAAGCUGUGGAAGUCGUCAAAGAUGAUGACAUUGCACUGUUCAAUGAGAGAAUCAAAGCCAACAUUCAGCUUGAUAUGCAGAACAAAGCAAGAGAGGACCCACUGUUUGCUAUUAGAAAAAGGGAAGAAGAUGUAAAAAAGAGACUUCUUGAAAAUCCAGUGAGAAUGAAACAACUACAGAAAAAUCUGGAAAAGCAGAAAAAGAAAGCCAAAAAGAAGCAUAAAAAGCAAAAAGGGUCAGAUGAUUCAGAUGAUGAUUUGAUGAAGAAAUAUUUAAACAUCUUGAAUAAAAAGAAAGGGAAAAGAGAGGAUGAUGAUGAUAAACAAUCAAACAAAGGGAAACAUAGAGGUGACCAAAAAAAGGAAAGACAGCAGGGAAGAUCAGAACACAGAGACAGAGAGGAUUCAUAUCAUGACAGGGUAUCAAAAUCCAGGCCUGAGAAAAGAUAUCAGGAAAGAGGAAGGAAAGAGCCUGAAGAUGACAGAGGAAAUUCAGGAAGUUUUAGAAAAUCAAGGGACAAUUCUCACAACCAGUAUUUUAGAGACAGACCCCAUAACUCACAAGAUAAAAGAUAUAGGGAUUCAUCUCCUCAGUACAGAAAUUCCUCAGGUAGGUCAAGGAAAAGAUCCGGGGAGCAGGAUAGAAGGCAAACUCAGGAUAGGAGACAUGAUCAGCACAGAGGGGGGCAUAGAGAAAGGCAUGAUUCAUCAGGAAGUGAAUCCGAGGAAGUUCAGAAAAGAGGAAGGAAAAAAGAAGGCUACACUUCUAAAAGACGUUCUGUGUCUGAUGAGAAAGAUAAUAGGAAAAACAGGUCAGGAGCUGGAAAGAAAAGAGAAGAGUCUUCAGGUUCUGAAUCAGAUGAAAGGUCUGGUGAGAAAUACAGGCGAAAAAUAGAAUCAAAGAGAACUAGUAAAUCAAAAAGACAUGACUCAUCUGACAGUGAAACAGAUUCUGAGGAGGAGAGUAGAGAUAGGAGGAAGGAAAGGCCUAUAUACAGACAAAACAGGAAGGAGUCGCCCCAUAAAGGCGACAGUCUCCCUGCAAAGAAGAUUAAAACACAAAGCAGCAAAAGGUCAGAAAGUUCAAGUAGUUCAAGUUCUGCCAGUGAUGGUGAACCAGAAAGAAGACCUCUCAAACAAUAUGGUUUAAUUAAACUGAAAAACACCGAGUCAUCUUACACAAAAGCAGUCUCUAAUUCCCCAGAACAUAGAAAGAGAGAAGAGAGAAAGAAAUCUAGGUCACCAGAUCAUAGGAGAGAUGACAAAUAUUCAAGGACAAACAGAAGGUCAAGGUCACCAAGGCAGCAUUCUAAAUCUCCAAAACCAAGGUCAGGGGUUGGGUCACACAGGGACAGGAGUAGAUCCCCAGUGAGAAGGAAAUUAACAGAAGAUGAAAAGAAGAAGAAAUUGGAGGAAAUGAUGCAGAAUGCCCAGUGGAGGGAGGAACAGAGGAAAUCUAAUGUAAAACGCUACACCGAGGAGGACCGAAAGGAAGAAGAGGCCCUGAGGAGCAAAGAGGAGCCAGAAUUCCUCAAUCCUAUGAUGGCAAGCCAUGCAGACAAGAGUUCUGUUGAAGACAGACUGAAGAGGAACAGAAACAAACUUCAAAGAGGGACUGGACAUAUGGACAGGGGUUUUCUCAACAAGUGACAAGCUGUAUAAAUCGGCUUGAGUCAUGUCUAAGUUUUAUUAGAUUCUCAUUUGUCACAAAAAUAAAAUUCAUGCUGGUCAAUGAUUUUUUUU